GAUAAGGUUGUCCCACAAUGCAAGGAGAUGGCAGCCAGUGGGAGGUGAGUGACCACACCAGACUGUGUCGCUUCCUCUGCUACGGCUCAGACCAGAUGACCUACACUGCCAGAGAGCAGGCAGGUCUGGGCAUGGAGCGUGUGGGAUCCAUGCUCUCCAUGCUCCAGGAGGGCCAAGGUGUCCAGGUGGUGGAGACCAUCCAGAGGUUUGCUCAGGAUGGACAAGCGGUCCGACUGGAGCCCUGCAUCUUUGCCUUGGCGUUGUGCUCGCAACACUCUGAGCUGAAGACCAGACAGGCGGCCUUCAAGGCGCUGAAGGAGGUUUGCCCGCAGCCCGCCCAUCUGUUUUCUUUCAUCCAGUACAAGAAAGAACUGAAGGAGGACAUGAAGUGUGGAAUGUGGGGACGCGCCCUCAGGAAAGCCGUGUCUGACUGGUACAGCGGGCAGGAUGCUCUGAGUCUGGCUGCGGCCGUCAGCACAUGUAAACAAAGACAGGGUUGGUCACACCAGGACUUACUCCGGCUCUCCCACACCAAACCAGCUGAUGAAGCUAUUGCCCUGAUCUGCCAGUAUGUAACAAAGGAAUGGAAAGAUGUCCAAGUGGCAUACGCCGACAAAGACAACUCGGAUGAGGUGUCCAAGGUGCUGUCCUAUCUGGAAGUGGUGGAGAAGGCCAGGCACAGUUGUGAUGAAACGGAGGUCAUUACUUUGAUUGAGGAACACAACUUGGAGAGAGAGCAGCUUCUUACAGACCACCUCAAGUCCAAAUCGGUGUGGAGAGCGUUAUUGAAGGAAAUGCCUCUCCAUUCAGUACUAAAGAUCCUGGGGAAAAUGACAUUCAAAAAGGUGCUUCAGCCUGGUAGUUCGGAAACAGAAGUGCUGUGUGAGAGAAUCCGCAGCGAGGCAGCGCUAAAAAAGGCAAAGGUGCACCCAUUUAGCAUCCAAUUGGCUUCUGAAAACUACAAACGAGGCCAAGGCUAUGAGGGGAAAACUAAAUGGGAAGCCGACGCCAACAUCCUCAAAGCCCUGGACUUUGCCUUUUACAAGAGUUUCUUUAAUGUGGAGCAAGUGGGAAAAAGGUUCAUUGUGGCCGUUGAUGUGAGUACGUCCCCGAACAGUAUGGUCCCAGGGACGUCAGUCAGCACUGCAGUCGCGGCCGCACUGAUUGCAAUGGUGUUUGCCAGAACAGAGAAAGGCACGCGUGUGCUGGCAUACUCUGAAGGAGCUUUAAAGCCGUGCUCCGUGUCUGCUGACAUGACCCUCGCACAAAUGACCGAUGAACUCAUAAAAAUCUCUGUAAAGAGCACUGAUUGCACUCUUCCUAUCACAUGGGCCACCAAGAAAGGCAGACCUGCAGAUGUGUUCAUCAUUCUCACCAACAACGCUUUGUCGCCUCUCUCUGCCAACCCAGUGGCCGCGCUAAAGAAGCACCGAAAAAAAACAAGGUGCCAGUCCAAGUUGGUGAUUUGCGGGCUGACCUCAGGUGGAGGAACCCUGGUGGACUUGGGGGACAGAGGUCUCCUGAACAUCAGCGGCUUUGAUCUAGGAGCCUUUACCGUCAUCCGUAACUUUGCAAACAACCUGGUGUAGAAGUGUGCGGAACAUGGAAUUGUAUCGUUUGUCUGCUAGAUGAAGGCUCACUUGGCUCAGACUAGAACAGGGGUCACCAACCUUUUUGAAAGCAAGAGCUACUUCUUGGGUAGUGAUUAAUGCGAAGGGCUACCAGUUUGAUACACACUUCAAUAAAUUGCCAGAAAUAGCCAAUUUGCUCAAUUUACCUUUAACUCUAUGUUAUUAUUAAUAAUUAAUGAUAUUUACACUUAAUUGAACGGUUUAAAAGAGGAGAAAACACGAAAAA